AUUGCUGGCGGGCCAGUUUUGCCUGUUGCCGACCACUGCCAUAUUGAGUAAAAAUGUCCAGAGCUUAUCAUCGUUAUCAACAUAAAUUGAAUUGCAAUCUCAAAAUGAUAUCAUUUAUCAUCUAGCCCUUCUUCAGAGUUUUUGAAAUGCAAAUUCCUACUGCUAAAUUACAAAAAGCCUUGCAUGAUGUUAUUUUCAAGAUUUUUUCAUUCCCUCUCUUUACUACUUACCCACAAUACUUUUGUUUCCUCUCCUCAGCCGAACGACCCAGUCACAAAUAUCUGCCAGGCAGCUGAUAAACAGCUGUUCACUUUGGUGGAGUGGGCAAAACGGAUCCCUCACUUCAGUGAGCUGUCUCUGGAUGACCAGGUCAUCCUGCUGCGUGCUGGCUGGAAUGAGCUACUGAUCGCGUCAUUCUCUCAUCGCUCCAUCACGGUGAAGGAUGGCAUUCUGCUGGCCACCGGCCUCCACGUGCACAGGAACAGUGCUCACAGCGCAGGGGUGGGAGCCAUCUUUGACAGGGAGAGUGCGCACAAUGCAGAGGUUGGGGCCAUAUUCGACAGGUAAUGAUACUCCGCCACACGCCAUAAACAAACAGCAGCAGUCAGGAAAGCCUGUAGCUUGAGACAGUUUAUUUUGGAUUAAAUUAUGUCUAGGGCUGUUUGGGGCAGGUAAAGACCAAACUGACCUUGUGUACGAAUAUCUGUGUGAUUGAAUGUGUUGCUUGGACUCACAAUAGCUGCGUUUCCACUGUCGGGCCAGUGCGAGCCAGGGCUAACAACGAGCCUCGGACCUCAAGCU